GAGCCGCUAUGUUGUGUUCUGCCCUGAUAUCAACGUUCAUCCGUCGUCCCAUUUCAACCGAGGAGAUACGGUAGAGAUAUACUACGAGUCAUCAUGUUGUGCGUUGUUCUGGUAUCACCGCACAUCUAACGUUGAAGACGUGCGGCUGACAUGACAGGGGUGAUAACGUCAUCGACACUCGCGGGUCACUGCUCACACACAGAGUCCUGCCCCUGGCAGUAUCCAACAUUCCAUCUGUAAACCCUACACCCCUCUUGUGUUUAAAACCUAUACAGAUAGCGGGGUGCACUGGGUUAUGGCAACAGACGCACAGUGUCCAUUGUUUCUGACCAACAACCAGAAAACACCUUUCUAAAAACGAUUUAGUGGGACGUGAUUGGAUUUACCUGUCUAUCUGGAUACUCAUCGCAGGUGAGGUACAGGUAAAGGGGAGCCUAGACACCCGAAGUCACCAUGGAAACGGUGCCGAAUGUGCAGGUGCCACGUGCAUGUAGUCGAGAGAAGAAGAUGGUCAGCCGGAAGGUGAAAUCCCCGGAGCAGGUUCUGUUCAUCACACAGGUGGAUGGGACGAGGCGAGAGGGAACAGAGGACAAGAUAGAAGUUCCGUUUGAAGAGGACGAUUUAGAGAUACGACGAGAAAAGUUGGACCUCGACGAGAUUAAGCGAGAGUUGUAUCAGAGGGAGUGCAGGAGACUGAAGGUGACGCCUAUCGGGGCGUUCGUCCGCAACCCCACCAAAACUCAGCUGGACCUCAAAUACUACUCCAUGGGCCCUGACGGCGCCAAGGCACUGUCUGUCCCGCUGAUGUUGGAUUCAUCCUUGACCCGACUUGACCUGGAGGGCAACUGUAUCGGACCGGCCGGGCUCAGCAGUCUGGUGGAAACACUCGCAGACAACUGCUGUCUCACACAAAUAAGUUUGGCGAACAAUCACCUCGGCAGUGCUGGGGCUAAACACGCUGCUAGCCUCAUGCUGAAGAACCAGUACAUCUCACAUGUAAACCUCUCGGGAAACGGUUUCCGUGACAUCGAUGCGCCUGCAUUCGGGCUAGUCAUACGGGACAGCAAACACAUCAAGGAACUGGUUUUGUCCAACAACGAACUUGGGGAGAUGGCAGGGAGACAAAUUGGAGACGCUCUCGUCAGUAACGACACCCUCGAGCACCUGGACGUCAGCUGGAACCACAUCAGGAACGCCAGUGCAGCAAGGCUAUUCAGUGGGGUUAAGGAAAACGUCGGGCUGCGCCGUCUGAACAUCAGCUUCAAUGGGUGUGGCCGUGAGGGCGUGGCAGGAGCGGGGCUAGCUCUGGCCAGCAACAGCACCCUGAGGGAACUCGACAUGUCGAGAAACAGGCUCACAGACGGAGACAUCAAGUUCGCCUUGAGCCUAAAAACCAACGACUCUCUGCAAAUUCUCAGGUUGCGAGACAACCUCUUGACGGAUGUCGGCGCCCUGGCAUUGCUCACGGCGAUACACAGCGCAGAGGGUUGUGCCCUGGAGGAGGUGGACAUUGGGAAGACAAGCGUAACCCCGGAGUUCGUUGCCCUUGUCAAGACAAUACAAGAUGACAGACCAUUCAAAGUUACACACGGACCUGUUAUAGUUGUCAAAGACCCAACGAAGUAUUCACAAGAUAGUGAUGGGCCUGACGAGGCUGGGGCAGAUGAGGAUGACCUGGAGGUCGAUGACGAGGAACCUACAGAUCCCACUGAGGUCCAGGACAAGAAAGCGGUUGAAAGAUCUGUGUCGUCUGUGAUCUAGCAGUCUAAUGGAGAAAGUAGAGACUGGAAACACCAGCCUUACCUCCAAAAUACCAGUGAUGAACGAAUAAACCACAGUAAUACAUAUCCAACACUAGCUGUCACAGGGAGUGUAUGUAGCUUCUGUCACAACGAAGUGAAGGAUGAUUGCGACGACGCUGUUAUAUACGCCUGGGAAAUAGCACCCACUAUGUAUGUCCACAUGAAAGUAAAACAAUGUAAAUGGUA